AUGACGAAAAUAACAGAUGCAGCAACGAGACAGGCAGUUCAAAGUGCCUAUGACGCCGUUAGAGCAACUGUUGUGGAAAGUCAAGAAAAAGAGUUACAACAGACCAAAACAGACCUAGUAAAUGCUUUCUUAAGAACGAAAAGUCAGGUAGGACAUUAUGCUGCAGAUGGAACAUAUGUGCCAGCUGGUGGAACUUAUAUACCACCAAACCCUCCAAGAGAAGCACCUGCACCAGGACUACCUAAAACAUUUACAUCGUCACAUGGACACAGACACAGGCAUGCACCAAAACCAGCACAACAACCACCUCCACAACCAGCACAACAACCAACACAACAACCAGCACAGCAACCAACAGUUCAAAACCCUGCACAACAACAACCACAAACAGAGCAAGGACAUAAAAGAAGUAGAGAACAAGGAAACCAAGAAUUCUUAAAAAUGCUUAAAGAAGAGUGUGGUUUCCCAGAUACUGUUGACUUUAGUGACAGAUAUAAAGAAGCUAUUGGAAAGUUCAAGGAUGGAAAUACUGACCCGAACCUAUUUAGCUUUAUGGCUCAGCACCAAAACGGAUAUAAUCUCAAACCUGGAAAAUACAAGCUCGCUAAGGGAUAUGAUUUAAUAGCAUAUCAUCCAAAUGACAUGGAUGAAUUUACUCCGAGAUAUUUGAUGUCAGAGCUAAAUGACAAUUCAACUUUCGUCAUGAAACGCGUAAAAAAUAGAGACGGAACGAAAGAACAAAAGCUUAUGAAUGCGGAUGACGUAGAUAGGGAAAUUGUUGAAAACGGUCUCGGAAUAUAUGAAAUGCCAGCAGAUGAGGUACAAGAAACUCCACAGGAAGAAGUUCAGAUACAACCAGACAUGGAAGAAAUAGUUCAGCAACAACAGCUAGAAGAGCCUGAAGGAAACGAACAAGUCCUUCCUUUGGAAACUAACUUCACAGAACUAGAUGAAGAUUUGGAACAGCCG